GCACAUCAUUGUUGGGUUGAGUCUGCACCGCAUUCGGUUGUCGUUCGUCGAUACGUUCGCUUGACGGGAAAUUUUUGGUGGACGAUCUUUGGGUGCUAGCAGUAUCUCAUCGCUCAUGUCACCGCAAUCUAUUAUAGGCUAGUAGUGUGCCAUUCGGUCACCGACAAACUGCCGUUUGCGUGGUGUUUCAUUAUUAUUGGCUGUCGGAUCUUUUAAGUAGUUGGCUUCGCCUUCGGCGAAUGCUAGGCACGGGGGGUGCGCCAAUUAGGUACGUGUGUGGUGUUUUAAAUCCGUCGGGUAAAUGACCAAGUGUCAAAUAGCGUGAAUUCCACUGAGGAUCGCUUUCGCACGCCGUGAAUGUUAUGCAAAUGCGCAAAAGUGCGUCUUAUUUCUAGUGCUGUGGCGUUAUUCGUUCCGAGCGAGGGGAUACCCGUGCCGUGCACCGCAGCAGUGGGGUGGGCUGCUCUGCUGUGAAUGUUUUCCUCUUCGUGUGUGCGAUUCUUCGUGACGACAUUUUAAAAGCGACGUGCAGUGGUGAGUUCGGUAGCGGUGCGGUGGUGUGUCGUGUAGUGGUGCUGUGCUGGAGAGAAUUUAUACGGGGUCACCGGAGCUACGAAGAGAUUCUAAUCAUUCAUCUGGACAAGAAACCAGCCCUCAAACCAUUCGCAGUCGGAAGCCUACUGUUAACACGAUUAGUAUCAUUAACCGGUACGAGAGAACCGUGUACAUGUGUCUGUGUGUGUUUGUAUUAGUAAUCAUAGAAAAAUCGACGCCAAUGUGAGAAUCCGACACUAAUCAAGAAGCAUAGCAGCAACAGCAGCAGUAGUUCCAGCCUCCUCUCGAUGAUAGUAAUCACCAUCGGAAACAUUGAACCGCGGCGAGCGUGUGUACGUAAUUAAUUACUCACUUCCCUGCCCCGUCCGCGCAGUCCUCGUCCUUCACGCGGCGCUCCACUCAGCAGGCCACUCGACGCGGUUCCGGUGACCACAGAGAACCGCGAGUCGUUCGUUCGUUCGUUCAUUCGUUCGUGUUAAUGGAUAAAAAAGUCAUAAUAAAUAAUUAAUCAAUUCGGUGCCACUUCUACGUAUAACGUACUGCUGCUGCCGUGCCGGCUACCGGUCGUUCCUCGUCGUCGUACCUACCGGCAUGUGUCUCUGUAUCUACGAGCCAGCGAGGAAGCCAAUUUACAUUUCCACCUAACCGAAUCUCGACCGAACCGACCCUCCGGGGUUGUGCGCAAUCAUUGCUAUAAAGUGUCCUAAGUUACGUGCGCUAAUUUACUACACAACAGAACGGAGUGUGAGCCUGAAGGGCUGACAGUGACAAUUAGCAUACAAUCGUGGUAAUCCGCGCCGCGGUUGUUGUUUGGGUCGGAGUGGAGAAGGAUCGCGAGGCAGAGCAGUCUAAGAAUCGCGCGAAAAAUGAAGAAGCACAAGUGAUCGAACGCCGACAACAACGCGAACGGAGUUUGGGAGAAACAGAAAGAAUUUACGAUUGAGUGAAGAAAAAAGAAACGGGGAAUACAGCGGAAGACGGGGUAGUGACCGGUGACGAGCUAAAUUACCGUUCACGUUUAGUUCUGCUCGUGUUCUGUUCGUCUGAAGUGGUUUCGUUUCUUUGUCUAGAUCGCCGGUAGCCACAGCCGCAGCCGGCAAAGCCUCGAAGGUGAAGAAAGGAAGAAACGGUGAUUGUUGUUGAAAUUAAACCGAAUAAAAUCUCACGGAAAAGGAAACGACCAAAAGCGAGAAGCAAAACAAGUUGGUUAUACACAGGUAAUAAUAAUAAUAAUCAUCGUCUUCAUUAUUAUUAUUACUAUUGGAAGCCGGCGAGGUAUCGAAGUGAAACAGAGCCAUAAGCUGGCAGAAGCAUUAAUAAAAAUUUAACGGUUUCGAUCGAAAUGUGAAAAAUUCGUUGAUUGAUAAAUUGAUUGAUUGUGGAGCAGCAGCUCUCUGUUCGUUUAUAGUGGUGUUUGUAAGCACAGUGCUCUUUUUACGAGUCCGUAAGCGCGAAUCGCUCCCAGCGCGCGGCUGCAAUAAAGAGUAAUUAAUCGCAAUAAAAAGUGCGCAGCUCCGGUAAGCCUUAAAGAAUCUUGAAAACCCGUGUGAUGCCGACUGGGCCGGCGACUGCAGGCGGGCGCGGAUGGCAGUGAAGGUUGCCCCUUUCCAGAAGGUGCAGAAAUUAUCUUUCAAUUUGCUCUGGUUUUACGUUGCUUUACGUCUUCGGCUCGUCGUCGGUGCUCCAGCCUCCAGUCCGUGUGAUGCUGACGACGGCUUACCGCGGCGAAUGAUAAUAAUAUGAGACCGGUUCGCAACUUAUUCGUGAGAGAGAGUGAGAAAUAGAAAAGAGGCUCAAAUCGCAGUCGUUGUGAAUUGUAAGGGUUACUGGAAAGAGACCACAAUUAAAUUACGAAAAGUGUGCACACUGGAGGUGGAUAAGCGAUAAUUUCAAGUAAUUCGCUUGCAGAUUGAGUUGCGGCAUAUUUUUACGGGUUGAAAGGUGCAUCGGGUUACGGCUUCCGAUUGAAGCGGUAGUAGCUGAGCAGCAGAAAAGUAAAACAUGUAUCCGGCGCCUACAAGACAUCCAUCCGCUGCGGGUCCACCCCCGCAGGGACGACAGUUCACGAUAGCGGAAACGCUCGAGCGGAUAAAGGAGGAGUUCAAUUUUCUUCAGGCACAGUAUCAUUCAUUGAAACUGGAAUGUGAUAAACUCGCCAGCGAGAAAACCGAAAUGCAGCGACAUUAUGUCAUGUAUUACGAAAUGUCGUACGGCCUCAACGUAGAAAUGCACAAACAGACGGAAAUUGCCAAACGCCUCAACGCCCUAAUAGGUCAGUUGCUGCCCUUUCUGGCCACGGAACAUCAACAGCAGGUGGCCCAAGCCGUGGAACGGGCGAAACAGGUCACCAUGCCGGAGCUGAAUGCCAUAAUCGGGCAGCAACAUCAACAGCAGGGAAUACAGCAACUGCUACAACAGAUUCACGCACAGCAAAUCCCCGGUGGACCACCGCAACCGAUUCCGGGCCUGGGAGCCCUCGCCGGACCGCUGACCGCAUUCGGAGGACCGAUAGGGCUGCCGCACGGUGCGCCACAAAGUCUGCUCAAAGCACCGCCCGAUCUGCACCGGGAGGAUCUGAAGGUACCGCUCGGGGGACCGUCCGCCGAGGAACGAAUGCGUAACUCUGUGUCUCCUGCCGAUCGCGAAAAGUACCGACCCCGAUCUCCCCUCGAACUAGAAAGCGAAAACAAGCGACGGAAAGAGGAGAAACUGAAUCACGAAAACGACGGCGACAAAAAUGAGCAGGAGUUAGUAGUGGACGUCGCAAACGACACGGGUACACCUUCACCACGACCGAACGGCGACCACGCCUCACUGGAAAGCCGAGACCGUGACAGUGUUGGACUAAACGGAAACGACAAAGCCGGUUCCAGUAGCCUCAAGGGUGCAAACGAUCGACCGCCGUCGCGGUCCGGUUCCAGCUCAUCUCGAUCGACACCGAGCCUCAAAACGAAAGAUCUCGACAAACCGGGCACUCCCGGCACGAAGGCGCGUGUCCCAACGCCAAACUCGUCCACACCGGGCGUCCCGAAAGCAGUAGUACCUCCCACAGCCGCCGGCUAUCCGGCUUCACCAUAUCAACGACCAUCGGAUCCGUACGCACGGCCUCCGCCUGACCCGUACGGUCGGCCGCCAAUGCCAUUCGAUCCGCACGCUCAGCUACGAACCAACGGAAUCCCGCUGCCCGUCUCGAGUGGUAAACCUGCCUAUUCAUUCCAUAUGAACGGCGAAGGUGGACCCCAGCCGGUGCCGUUUCCUGCCGAUGCGCUAACCGGUCCGGGAAUUCCGCGACACGCCCGCCAAAUCAACACUCUCUCGCACGGGGAAGUCGUCUGUGCGGUUACCAUCUCCAACCCAACCAAAUACGUGUACACCGGCGGCAAGGGUUGCGUCAAAGUCUGGGACAUCUCGCAGCCGGGCAGUAAAAAUGUCGUCAGCCAGUUGGAUUGCUUGCAGCGAGACAACUACAUUCGAUCGGUGAAACUGCUGCCGGAUGGCCGAACGCUAAUCGUCGGCGGCGAAGCAUCGAAUCUCUCCAUCUGGGAUCUGGCGAGUCCGACUCCGCGCAUCAAGGCCGAACUAACGUCGGCAGCGCCGGCAUGCUACGCGCUGGCCAUCAGCCCCGACUCGAAGGUUUGCUUCUCGUGCUGCAGCGACGGCAACAUUGCCGUGUGGGACUUGCACAACCAAACGCUGGUCCGGCAGUUCCAGGGCCACACGGACGGUGCGUCCUGCAUCGAUAUAAGCCCGGACGGAGUCCGGCUGUGGACCGGCGGUCUGGAUAACACCGUACGAUCGUGGGAUCUGCGAGAGGGCCGACAGCUGCAGCAGCACGAUUUCAGCUCGCAAAUCUUCUCGCUCGGGUACUGCCCAACUGGCGACUGGCUUGCCGUCGGAAUGGAGAACUCGCAUGUUGAGGUGCUGCACGCCACCAAACAAGACAAGUACCAGCUGCAUUUGCACGAAAGUUGCGUCCUCUCGUUGCGAUUUGCCGCCUGCGGCAAAUGGUUCGUUUCGACUGGCAAAGAUAAUCUGCUGAAUGCGUGGCGCACCCCGUACGGUGCAAGCAUAUUUCAGUCCAAAGAGACCUCAUCAGUACUUAGUUGUGAUAUUUCGACCGAUGAUAAGUACAUCGUCACCGGUUCCGGUGACAAAAAAGCCACCGUCUAUGAGGUUAUGUAUUAAAGAAAACCGGAAAAGGGGACGCCUGAUGUUCCACCAAACUUCAUUAGCUCCAUCGAUAUCAUCUUUGCUAGCGCAUUGCCGUCUUUCAGUUUCCACUCCUUCUCGCAUCGUUUUCGAUCCAUUUUUCGAAAAUGGUUAAAUUUAUGCAUUACCAGCUAAAACGAAAAAAAAAAAAUAAUGAAAGUGACCUAACACAAAAUUGGCAGCAGGAUUAAUAGUUAAUUUUACCAACUGUAUCAGUUUUACAAUUAAUUUAGUUCAUGCUUGGAACAAAAACAACCAGAGCGAUUAACAAAACUCACGUCAACAUUACGCAAGAGUUAGAAUCUUCUUUACUCGUAGUAGGCUCUGCUAGUAGUGACACCACGAAUUGCACUCGCACCAGGCCAAACGUGCGCUGCCGCAAGCAAACAACUUCACCACAAAAGGCUACAAUUGUUGAGCGAUUAGUACGAUGUACGGUUUAAGUAACUUAAAGCAGACAUUUAAACACAAACAAAUCAAAGAAUUAAUUGUAGCUCGUAUAGCAAAGAAACCCGGAAGAGAACGACACAAAAAAAAAACAUUAACUUAAUUAUCAAACAGAAAACUUUAGUGAUUGAUUACCGUAAAUAAAAUGAAAAUGAAGAGUAUUGUACAGUAUUUGAGCAACUCGUAAUGUUAAUUAUAUGAUUAAGAUCAGGAAAAAAAAACCCAGAAAAAAACGAAAACGUGCAGAGAUCUCUAGAGGUUUCAAGUGAACAAAAAAAAAAUCUCAAACGAAAAGUUUUGACUGUAAAAAGCGAAGAAAACAAACACACAAACACAGAACUCAAACAAACACACACUCACACACAAUUCGAGAUGUACAUCUAAUUGUUUUUUCUUUUCAAACCUCCUUGUACCAGUGGAAUAGCAAAAGAAAGAUAACGAAACAAAAAAAAAUCGGUGUCCGUUUGUUCUACUUUGAAAAGAUAUAAAAACAUUUUUCAUCAUCCUUUAGAAAUCUAUGUAUAAUUACCGAACGAGAGCGACCGGACCGAGGAAUAUGAAAGCGCAAAAUUUUUCCUCAGCCACAAUUAUUAUUGCUUGCUAUCCCCCUUAUAAAGAUUAGAACGGAAGCGGAUGAACGGCCAACAGCAGCGUGGAGAAUGAGAAAAAAAGAGACAGAAAGAGAGAGAUCAUCAUCAAAGUGUACACAUUUGAAAUGAAUAGUUACCGCGGCUAUUUAUUCAGUGGCACACAAAAAUUGAACGGGGGCGACAACGCAAAACCGUGCGAAAAAAAAACAGCUCAAUGGCGGAACGAAGUUCGAUUAGUUCGAAAAACUGAACGAACCAACCAACCAACCCAACCUGGUAGAAUACCAGGAUGGAUGGAAAGGAAAAAUUUUCAUUCUCUAGCAGCUAGCAAAAACUAAGGCACACAGCAAACCAUUACAAAUGUGAGAAGAAAAAUCUGCGCAUAAAACCCAGCAACACU